AUGUUUAGCUUGAAACUACUCUGCAUUUUUGGUGUUGUUCUGCAAUCAACUCAUGUGCGAGGCGAAACAUGCACAACUAAUGAUAAUCGGCAUGGUGAUUGUUCGAAUUUGUCUUCUUGUCCCGCUAUUCAAAGUCUGAUUGUAUCUGGUUCGAGUCCUACUUUCUGCGCUGGUGAACUAAGCCAUUUAGUAUGUUGCCCAACAUCGGAAGAUGCACCAGAAACACAACCAAAUUCAGAGAAAAAAGAAAAUCCUUGCAAAAAUCUUAGACCUCUUGGUAGUGGCGAAGACAAAGCGGAAAACAAAUGUAUAGAAUAUUCGCAUUUAGUUUGCGAAAAAAUCACUCCACCCACUCUAACAAAUUCUGCAAAAAAGGUCCUCGUGAACCGAUGUGGACACACGGUAGUGCCCCUUAUAGUAGGCGGAAAAAAAGCUCAAAACCGCGAAUUUCCGCACAUGGCGCGUCUUGGUUAUGGCCAAGAAGACAAUAUAAUUUGGGCAUGUGGAGGUUCUUUGAUCAGUGAUAACUUUGUCUUAACGGCAGCUCAUUGUGUUUAUGACAAAAAUUUAGGUUCUGUGAAUUUCGUGCAGUUGGGUGUUACAGAUUUUGAUUCAGGCACACCCAAAAAUUUCGAAUACUCUCAACUCUUCACCGUUUCAGAAAGAUUGAGGCAUCCAGAAUAUAAGCCCAAUUCUAAAUAUUAUGAUGUAGGAUUAUUGAAAUUGGAUAGAAUAGUGAACUUAAACAAGCAAGUAAUACCAAUCUGUUUACCAAAAAAUAAUGAAAUCACUCAUAAAAAAGCUAUAGCAACUGGCUGGGGCCAUACGCAGCACGAAGGUAAUGCUAGCGAGAUCCUGAUGAAGGUAGUAUUAGAAUUUUUCACUCAAUCCGAAUGCAAUCAAUCUUUUAGUAGACAUCGUGAAUUGAGACGAGGUAUAGACGAUUUGAUACAAUUAUGCGCAGGAUCUCACAGUGAAGAAUUGGAUACAUGUCAGGGUGACUCUGGAGGCCCACUUCAAGUUUACAGAACAUCGCCAUACUGCAUGUAUGAUAUUAUAGGAAUUACAUCAUUUGGAAAAGCAUGUGGUGUCAUUAAUAGACCUGCAGUGUACACUAGGAUUGCCUUUGCUAAACAAUGGAUCGUGGAUACUGUAUGGCCGGAUUGAAGUCUUAUUGGGGCUUAUAUUACAUACAUUUAUUUUUUGAUAGAUAAUUCUUUACAUGAAAUUAAAAAAAUGUAACUACAAUUAAUACUGUACAUAAAAAAUCAAUUAACAAAGUAACAAAUUUUCAAUAAAUAGAUAUUCAGAUACAAACAAAAUAUUUACGGUAGUAUUUACAUUUU